UCCUCCGUGAGCCGCGGCGAGCGACUGAGUGCGAGUGAAGCCAUGGGCCAUGGCGAGCGAGUCUCCCAGUGAUUGUGUAGACAGUGAGCUGAGCUGCCCCAUCUGCCUCGGCACGUUUGACUGCCCUUCCACGCUGAGCUGCGGACACUCAUUCUGCCUCCGGUGUCUGGACGGUGCCUGGGAGAGAGCGAGCAGCUUCAUCUGCCCGCAGUGCCGAGCGGCCUUCCCUGAGCGACCCCAGCUGAAGAGGAACGUGGCGCUCACCAACCUGGUGGAGCAGCUCAGAGUUGCAGAAAGGAUGGCCGGAGUUGUCUUCUGUGACACCUGCGAUGAUGGGGAGACUCCUGCAGUGAAGACCUGCCUCAGGUGUGAGAUGUCCCUGUGCGAGUCCCACCUGAAACCUCACCUGACCAAUCCGAGAUUGAUGGACCACGUCCUGGUGGCUCCCAUUGUCAGCCUGGAGGAGCGAAGAUGCCAACAGCAUGGAGACCCUUACAGGUUCUUCUGCAAACAGGACGAGCGCCUGGCCUGCAUGGUCUGCACCAUCGCAGGAGACCACAUCAGUCAUCAGGUUAUCACGCUGGAGAAAGAGCACGAAACACGGAAGAGUGGAGUCGAAGAGGAGACGCGAGGGGUGGAGGAGAAGAGGAAGAAGGCGGAGGUGUCCGUGGGACAGAUGAAGGCCGCUCGCAAGGACGUGCAGGAUUCCAUGGCCCAGACCAAGGUUCGCAUCGCAGGUGAGUUCACCCGCAUGAGGGCGACGCUGAAUGAGGACGAGAGGGCAGCUCUGGACCGCGUGGACGUGAAGGGGCGCGAGCUGCUGUCCCGGAUCGAGGAGAACAUCACUCAUUACGAGCACAAGAUCAGCGAGCUCCAGGCAGCAGCCACGCGCCUGCGCGCUCUGCAGGAGGAGAGGGACUCACUCACGUUCUUGCAGGGCCAUAUGAAGAAGACAGAGAGGACUGAGCGCCCCCCACCGCCCGCUCCUCCGAGUGACUUGACUUUGGGUGACGUGAGCUGGCUGAGUGGAGUCAUUGAGAAGCUCAAGCUGUCUGCACCAUAUGGACGCUCACCGACUGUGGACCCAAACUCGGCCCACAACCUCCUCCAGAUUUCCUCGAACCUCAGGACGGUGACGCUGACCGCUGUCUCCCAGGGUCGCCCCGAUCACCCGCACCGCUUUGAUUACUGGGACCAAGCCCUGUGCUCCGAGAGCUUCUCGUCGGGUCAGCACUACUGGGAGGUGGACGUGGGGGGUGCGGCGGGGUGGUGUGAGGUUGGAGUCGCGUACGGGACGAUCGCACGGAAAGGGAGUGGUAAAGAGUGCAGGCUGGGAGGGAACGACUCAUCCUGGGUUUUAUGGAACUAUAACAACAGCUGCUACGUGCGUCAUGGUGGUGUAUUGACCUCAGUGCCGGUGAGGGAUCCUCUCCGGAGAGUCGGGUGUCACCUGCACUGGGAGGCGGGGCUGCUGUCGUUUUACCGCGCCGACUCCAUGGAGCUGCUGCACUCCGUCCACCACUCGUUUAGUCAACCGCUCUACCCCGCACUGUAUGUGGGUGGUGUUGUUGGUGACUCAGUGAGGAUUCUGGAUCGGAGUCGUGCGUCCUGAGAGCACGGAGUGUGAGCAGCGCAGAUAA